ACUGAUAAGAACGCAUUUCGCUCGUCGAAUGAAUAUAAAAAUAAAUUUCUCUUCGCAUUGUUUGACACUCGAUUCGGUUAAGUGAACAUUUAGUGUUGUUAGGUUGUGGCUGCUGCCGGCAUUUAAUCGGCUCAUAAAAUUUUAUUAAUAACGCCAAAUACCACUUGAAGCGUUUUCCCCAUUCAAUUCUUAGUCGCUGCUUUAAGAGACGAGACUGAAGCAAAUCACAAAAAAAAAAUACUAAAGGCAAACAGAACAUUUUUAAAUACUUUUACAUAUAUCGCGAUUUGGAGUCGUGGAAAACACUUGAAAUUGUUUAGACGUGUUACUCUCGUCGAAGAAAAUCUAUCCAUUUGCAGUUUUAGAAUAAAUCUCAGACAAAAAUAACAAAAAAAUGGUGCGCGUAAUCGAAGAUACUUUUGGCACUGCCAUCAAUCCCUUGACUAAACAAAUGGAGGAAAUAAAACGCUUUACCAUCACAAACGGUAUGCAAAUGAAAGUGCAGGUUAUCACUUUGGGUGCUACCAUUGCCAGCAUUGAAGUGCCCGAUGCAAAUGGCCAUGUGGAGGAUGUUGUGCUCGGCUAUGAUGAUGUUGCAGGUUAUCAAACGUCAACAAAUCCAUAUUUUGGUGCUACCAUUGGCCGUGUGUGUAACCGUGUCGGCCAUGGCCGUUUCCCAUUGAAUGGUCAAGAGAUACAGGUUUCUCGUAACAUGAACAACAAACACCAAUUGCACGGCGGCUUUAUUGGCUUCGACAAAGUCCACUGGCAAGUGGUGGCCCAGCAUCAAGACGGUGUAACACUUCAGCAUUGUUCACCGGAUGGCCAUGAAGGAUAUCCGGGCGAAGUAACCGCAACAGUCAAAAUCUCAUUGACCGAGGACAAUUGUCUGCAUCUGCUGAUGCGGGCAAAGACGACCAAAACAACGGCUGUCAAUAUGACAAAUCAUUGCUAUUUCAAUUUGGCCGGACAUGCAGCUGGGAAGCAGGCCAUCUAUGGGCAUGAAGUAAUGAUUAAUGCCGAUAAAAUUACCGAAACGGAUGGUGAUUCAAUACCCACUGGUAAUUUUACCCCAGUCGAGGGAACUGUCUACGAUCUGAGGAAGAUGAAGAAUAUGGGUGAGGGUAUUAAGAGUCUAUUGCCCAGCCCCAUCAGUGGAUACGAUGACAACUAUUGUGCCGACGGAAAUUACGAUGGAAAUCGUAUUAAUGUUAUUGCCAAAGCCCUUUAUCCGCCCAAUGGUAGAUGGCUUGAAAUUGCCAGCAAUCAGCCAGGAGUUCAAUUCUAUACUUCGAAUGGCAUGCCGGAUACCGAAAAGGGAGAGACCCCCAUUUAUGGCAAGAAUGGCGCCCAAUACACUAAACAUGCUGCCUUUUGUCUAGAGACUCAAAAGUAUCCCGAUGCUGUCAAUCAUCCCAACUUCCCAUCGAUCAUUUUAAAUCCGGAUGAAGAAUACAACCACGAAGUGAUUUACAAAUUUGGCAUAUGUCGUAACUCGGGCUGUGGCAAACAUUAGCCGAACAAGGGUAAUUCCAGGAAAUAACAAUAAUGCAAAGACAAACAAGGCGAGAAUGGAAUGGUACGAGGAAGCAGGAAAUGAAUGGAAAUCAAUGUCUGUCAGCCAGUUAGUCUGACAAGAUUUUAAACUAUAUUUAAAUGAAAUCCAAUGUAAAAAUUUUAAACAAAUAAAAUGAGCUUAAAUAUUUA